UCCCCGCGACCGCUACAUUCUGCGCCGAAACCCAGUCUCUCCCGGUCCGUAUUUUAACUUCUUCCCACAGACCUAGUGGUACCUCGUUGGGUACCGGGAGACGGUUUGGAUUACUGGCAUUACGGAUUGAGUGCGAUUUUACGCGGAUGACGACUCCUUCAACGAGAAUUUAGUAAAAGAAAAUUGGUCGGAAAUUUCAGAAUAUGUGGAGGGGAGCCUAAUUUCAGCAUCCUGGAAGUAGAAAGCACAGAAGAUCUGUGUCUCACACCACAGACAGGUGCUGUGUGUAGCCGGGGCAGCACAGAGGAAGGAAGCGCUGGGGAGGAGGCGGCGCGGCAGCCUGCCCCUCCGGCUGUGGAUGUGCUGGGUGGCAACCCCCAGGCUGCACAGAAUGUGGCAGGGGAGUCACCUCGGCAUGCCCCGCAGCCGGUCGCAGCUGCCCCCCGCCCUGUCCCUCCGCUCGCCAACCCGUCCACUGUCCCACUGCCGGAGAGCAGCGACGCAUCAUUCCUCAGCAUGGAGAACGCACCUCCAACCACCUUGCCUGCGAGUCUCCCGAUCAUUGGUGUCUCAAAAGAAGUCUCUGCUGCAGGUGUUGGAGUUUGCAGACCUUUGCCAACAUCCCUCAGUGAGGACUGUAGCUCCUCAGUUGAGAUGCAAAGGCUUCAAGCUCCCUUUUGUCCACCUCUCACUGCAGAUACACAGAUUGACAGCACAGUGCAAGAGCUGCAAUACGGGUCACAAACUGAUAAAGAGAAAAUCCUCUCAAAUAGUCAAACAAGCCAGAUUCAGCCACCUAGAGACGCUGCUGGACUUGUGGUUAUUACAGGGACAAAAUCGGUCACGGUGGAAUACAAACCAGAGACUGGAAAGAACAUGGAGCUUGGUGGAAAAGAGCACACAGGCGGGAAUAUUCUCCCUCAAUCUCAAAUCUAUUUCACAGCCUCAUCUCCAUCUAUCCUACAAUCAAGCGUCGGUUUUAAGGUCCAGGACACGGCAGAACACAAGGCUGUGGAGCAGUUACCUCCGGAGCAGGACUCGAAAUCAUCUUCGCUCCCUUUACCGUCAACUGACAACAACAGUGAGAUUAAACAAACUGACCUGUCAAAAACACAACCUCAAAUCUUCAAAGAGAUCUCAAACGAUGCCAGAGAAACACAGAACGCUAAUUCUUUGGAAUCAGUUGAAGUGUUUGUUGACACUUCUUACAGAGAAACGCAGCCGCCAUCAGCUGAGAUGCUCGAGACCCCAAAGGCGAGUGAAUCAAUUCCUGGAUUAUUCGUUACUUCUGGAAAGGACAACUCUGUGUCCAGCAGCAUCAUCCAAAGGAGCUGUGAAGGAGAACAACAAACUGACACCUCCUCUUCUGACUUCACAACGCUGCCAGAGUGCUCCUCUACACAGGAGAGUCCCCCACAACCCUCUGCUGCACCCGCUCUGUAUGACACAAGUGUAGUCGUCUCGCUGCAGACGGAGCAGGAAGUAGAAGCAGAAACAUCUCACCCCUCUCUACAUAUCCCUACAACAGAGACACAACUGACUACUCAAGAGAUAGUGGUUGUCAGGGAGGAGGCUCACAUCAGUGGGGACUGGUCAAGCAUGCACCUGAAUCAGAGUUACCUUGUACAACACGAAGACGGCAGCGUCUCUGAAGCCACCAUUGUCAACGAGUUGAACUCCACCGGAGAACCAAAGCUGUAUGAAGAAAGCAUUCAGUCAGAUCUGGAGCUACACUCACAACCUGUGGAGGUCUAUGAGUUUUGUGGCCUGGUUGAGGAGGUCGCAGAGGAGACCGUCUGUGCGAGUAGUAGCGUGCAGAUACCUCACUCUCCAGGAUAUGAGGUGAACUUAUUCAACGCGUUAUUAGAUAACUCUGACGAGAACAUAGAGGCGCAUCUUGAAACAUCUGUGCAGACUAUUAAUGAAAGUGACACUCUUAUUAUUUCCCAGCAGCCCUUGCCUUUAAUACACGAUGGAAAUGAAACACAAGUGUGCUCUAACAACAGCAAUUCGCAUUUGUCUGUAGAAAACACAGCCGUGCAGCACUUGGUUUUAGAAGCUAACCCAGCUGGUGAAGUGGCUAACUCGAGUGAGGUUUGUUUAGUUGAAGUAGCUGCUGUUACAUCAGACUCAUUCACUAAUGAAGAGGUCAGCACCGAAGAGCAAACACAGGUGAGUGAUUCUCCCGCAGUUCCCCAAAAUCAGGAAGCAGAAGUAACAGCUGGUGGAUCAUCUCUUAUAUCCCCUCUGGUUACGAGUGAGGACGUUUCAGCGCAUGCUUCUCAUGUAGAAAAUCAGACCCAAGGAGUCGCUGUUGUGAGCACGACGGUGGCUCCUUCACAGAAUGUGCCCACAGAAACCAAACCAGAGGCCUCCUGCACUGCUCACUUCUCUGGUGUUAUUAAUCCAAAGCUGCUCCUUCUUAAACCGGGAGAAACUCCUCUCCUGAAGCACCCACCCUCCCUUUUGGCACAUGUGUCUGAGCAACAGAGUGCAGCCGGCAAGCUGGCCAAUGCCCACAGCUCUUGCUCUGGCACAGUGUCUGAGGAGUGCCUUCCCCGAACUGUCCCAGCAGCAGCAGGCUCUUUAUGUGCGUCUGUGGCUCCUGGCAGCGACAAAAAUCAGACGCAGUGCUCCGUCAAUAAAACUCCAGUGUCAGCGGCUCCGCCUGUCAAGGUGCAGCAGCCUACGGCGAACGCUAACAACUCGUUUCACCUUGAGCAGGCGGCAUCAGUCAAACCCACACCUUCAACAAGCAAAUCUGACAAAGAGGCCUUAACUGUAACUGAAACUUCAACAUGUGGAGCAAGUGUGCCCCCACCUGCUACGUCUAACACCCUUUAUACAGUAUCAGCAUCUGUGGAAAAGGAAGAGGAUGUCAUGGCAUCAGCAAGCCAUGACGUCCCCAUCAGCCAUCCAGACUCCCUCUGCGUGGAGGAGGAGAGUGAAGACAUGGAGCAGGAUGAACAAAUGGAGGCCCAGGAGGCUGAUUCCGGGCAGGUUAGCAGUCCAGAGGAAGGCAGUGACGAAGAUGAAGCUGACGCAGACAAAACGGAAAGUGAGAUGACAACCUCUGGAUCACCUCACAAGCAUGGGCAGAGCAGGACAGACAGAAAGGCACUGUUCCUCAAGGUACGGCAGUGGAUCGCAGACAGGGUCACCGUGAAUUCAUCUCCUGUCUCACCGUCCACCUCCUCUCCUUACCCCGGACCCUCGCCGAGCAGUGAUUGGUCCACACCUCGACGGGAGAGGUCCUCACCUCUGAGGGGUCCUAGUGGGAAGUUUGUCUCGCCUGCUUUAGUUGGAGGAUACAGCUCGUCCUCAUCUCCACCUGAUCAGACCACUCCUCAGCGACCCAGAGGACACGCAGACAUGGCUGAGCUGGCUAAACAUGAAGCUGACAUUGAGCAUCGAACCCAGGCAUUGAAGCGAGAGGGCUUCUGGUCAAUGAAGCGUCUCACCCGGCUCACAGAGCCGCCACGACCCAAAGUUCACUGGGAUUACUUGUGUGAGGAGAUGCAGUGGCUCUCUGCUGACUUCGCUCAGGAGCGGCGGUGGAAGAGAGGAGUGGCUAGAAAGGUGGUUCGAAUGGUGAUGCGACACCACGAGGAGCUGAGGCAAAAAGAAGAAAAGGCAAAGAGAGAUGAACAUGCUAAAAUUAGAAGAGUUGCAUCCUCCAUCGCAAAGGAAGUCCGGGCAUUCUGGAGCAGCGUUGAGAAGGUGGUGCAGUACAAGCAGCAGUCUCGCCUGGAGGAAAAGAGGAAGAAAGCUCUGGACCUUCAGCUGGACUUCAUCGUCGGCCAGACAGAGAAAUACUCGGACCUCCUCAGCAAGUCACUCGCACCCACCAGACCUGCAGAAACGGUCCCUCCGACUCCACCAAAAUCCAUCCCACCUGCAGCUGAUGAAGAUGAUCGAGACUUUGAGCCUACCUGUGAGGAGGAAGAUGACGAGGAGACCAUAGAGGUGGAGGAGCAGCAGGAGGGAAACGACGCUGAGAGCCAUCGUAGGGAGAUUGAACUGCUGAAGGAGGAGGGCAUGCUGCCGCUGGACCAAUUACUCAGCACCCUUAAAAUGCCACAGGAGUCAGGCUCAGAUGAAGAAUGCUCAGAUGAAACUUCAUCAUCAGCAGAGGGAGAGGAGGAAGACGGAGAAUUCACUGCCAAUGAAGAAGAUGCCGAGGAUGAGGAGGAGACGAUAGAUGCUCAGGAGAAGAUCGAAGGAAAUGUGGAUCACGCUGAAGAGCUGGAUGACUUGGCCAAAGAAGGUGACAUGAGUGUUGAAGAGCUGCUGGAGAAAUACAAAGGAGCAUACGCCUCAGACUUUGAGAUGCCUUCAGCGUCUGGGUCUAAAGCGAGCUCUGACUCUGAGGUGUCUGGGGACGAGGAGGAGGAAACUGAAGAAGAUGAGAGCGAUGCAGAAAGCAACACUUCUUCGUCAGAUUCACCAGGAGACAGCGCAGAAGAUGACAGCGAGAGGGAUGACGAGGAGAGCGAAGAUGACGACGAUGACUGUGGAGGGAUGGAGGUUCUACUGAAGGAGGGAGACAAUAGCCCGCCUUCCUCAAGCUCACGGCCAAAGAAAGAGAUCAGCCAUAUUGCUGCUACUGCUGAGAGUCUGCAGCCGAAAGGAUACACUCUGGCUACCACGAAGGUCAAGACCCCCAUCCCUUUCCUCCUUCAUGGCACAUUACGAGAGUACCAGCACAUCGGACUCGACUGGUUGGUCACCAUGUACGAGAAGAAGCUUAACGGCAUCCUGGCUGAUGAGAUGGGCCUGGGUAAAACCAUUCAGACCAUCGCUCUGCUCGCUCACCUCGCCUGUGAAAAAGGUAACUGGGGCCCUCACCUUAUCAUCGUACCCACCAGUGUGAUGUUGAACUGGGAGAUGGAGCUGAAGCGGUGGUGCCCUGGGUUUAAAAUCCUCACUUACUUUGGCAGCCAAAAGGAGAGGAAGCUGAAAAGACAGGGAUGGACGAAGCCCAAUGCCUUCCAUGUGUGCAUCACUUCAUACAAGCUGGUGCUGCAGGAUCACCAGGCCUUCAGACGCAAGUCCUGGCGGUAUCUGAUCCUUGAUGAGGCCCAAAACAUCAAAAACUUCAAGUCCCAACGCUGGCAGAGCCUGCUGAACUUUAACAGCCACCGGCGUCUGCUGCUUACGGGAACUCCUCUUCAGAACAGCCUGAUGGAGCUAUGGUCCCUCAUGCACUUCCUCAUGCCCCAUGUAUUCCAGUCCCACCGCGAGUUCAAAGAAUGGUUCUCCAACCCGCUGACGGGGAUGAUUGAGGGCAGCCAGGAGUACAACGAGGGCCUGGUCAAGAGGCUCCACAAGGUGCUGAGGCCGUUUCUGCUCAGGAGGAUAAAAGUCGACGUGGAGAAGCAGAUGCCAAAAAAAUACGAACAUGUGGUGCGAUGUCGGCUCUCCAAGAGGCAGCGAUUCCUCUACGAUGACUUCAUGGCUCAGGCUUCGACCCGGGAAACGCUGGCCAGCGGUCACUUCAUGUCUGUGAUAAAUAUCCUUAUGCAGCUCCGCAAAGUCUGCAACCAUCCCAACCUGUUUGAUCCCAGACCCAUCCAGUCCCCCUUCAUCACACAGCCCAUCGUUUUCAACACGGCCUCCCUGGUGCAGGACGCCCUGGAGGUCUCUCCUCUGAAGCGUUGCGACCUCUCCAUGUUUGACCUUGUUGGUUUGGAGAGCCGAGUGUCUCGAUACCAGGCAGAUGUGUUCAUGCCACGCCACAAGGUCAGCCGACAGCUGAUCCAGGAGAUCAUACAGUCCCCUGAACCUGCUCCAAGACCCAAACCAGUCCGUAUGAAGGUCAACAGGAUGUUCCAGCCACCUCCUAAAGGUGAUAAUCGACAAGUCCUGCUUAUGAACAAACCCACCUGCUCAGUACCGCCUGCAGCACAAACCCCAAAACCUCCCCCAGCGACUGAAGCCAACUCAACAGCUGCACCUGCUCCUGCUGUUCAACAAGUGGUGUGUUCUGUGACAGCCACACCCCCUCCUCGUCCUUCCAUGCACCUGACGGCUCAAACUGCAGUCAGAUCCAGCACUCCAAAGCCAGUUCUGACUGUUCGACCUCCCACUGCUCCCUGCACAGCAACCAUCCCAGCUCAUCCCAGUCCAAACCCCGGCAACGUCCUCCCGCAGAGGGUUCUGCUCAGCCCAGACAUGCAGGCCAGGCUACCUUCUGGUGAGGUUGUGAGCAUUGCUCAGCUGGCCUCCCUGGCAGGGCGACCCGUGUCCUCAUGUCAGGGCAGCAAACCCGUCACCUUCCAGCUGCAGGGCAACAAGCUGACCCUGUCUGGAGCUCAGAUCCAUCAAGUCCCAACACCUGCUCGCCCUGUUCAAGCCGGUAAUGUGAUGCACCUGGUGUCCAGCGGGGUGCAGCACCACCUCAUCAGCCAGCCUGCCCAGGUCACUGUACAGGGCAACUCCAACACACUCCCUGCAAGCACCUCCUCCACCGCUGUACCUUCAAACAGGAUGCCUCAUAAUGCAACUGCUCAAGUUCCCCCCUCCAUGGUGAGCAGCCCUGGCGUCGUGAAGAUCGUUGUGCGUCAGUCAGCAGGCAAGGAGGGCGGGCCCGUGCCCACUCUGGCAGUCGCCCCUUCCCCUCGUGUUGCUCCCCAAGUUCCCCCGUACCCUCAUCCCCACGCCAACACACCCCCUCCUGUCAGAACCACCGCUCCACUGCAGAUAGCUCAACGCACUCCCGGCCCUGCCACCGCCCACUACACCAUAGCCCCUCCUGGAAACCCUAGCUCCACUCCCAACCAGCCCCACCCCCUGCGUCCUGUCCUCAAAGUAGUGCAGCCUCCUCCACCGAGCACUGAGCAGUCAGCUCAAACUCCAGUCACCACCACAUCCUCUGCCUCCAAGUCCUCCUCAACGCCACGCGAAAACAGCAGUCAGACACCAGCUAGCACCAAGCCAAAGGCCAGUAUGGCUGCUAAAUCCUUCCCUCCACCCAGGAAAGUGCCUCAACCACCUCCCCGAUCUCCUUUCCACAUGUCAUGGCUGGCAGAGAAUCAAAAGAAGCAGCGAGACGGCAAACUUGACCUCAUAAAUCGAGUCAACGAGCUCCGCUGUGACGCCAAGCCCGUGUACGGCCGGGAGGUUUUGGACUUCCUGACUUUUCUCCCCGGCGGUCGUCCUUCGCCGGCUGCUCUGAGUCCUCAGGGGGAUUGGAGCCGCUCGGGUCACAGCAGCUGUCUGUUCGCUCAGUGGCAGAACAAACAGGACUACUUGUUCCAGAGUCACGCUGUGAGGGAGGCGAUAAGCAGCAUUGAGAAGAGGCUGGAGCUGCUGCAGGAAAUCAUAGACAGGUUUACGUUUGUGAUUCCACCUGUGGAGGCUCCUCCGAUCUCCAUGCACUGCUGCCAUCCUCCCCCCUCUCUGAGUCACAAACAGGCCGUCUUCUCCUCCACGCUAUCAAGUCUGGUCACACCGCUGACAGGCAGCCUCCAUCGCAUCCAGUGCUACAUGAGGACCCAGUUCCCUGACCUGAGGCUGAUCCAGUAUGAUUGUGGAAAGCUGCAGACUUUGCACACUUUGCUGAGAAAGCUGAAGACGGGAGGCCACAGGGUGCUGAUCUUCACUCAGAUGACACGUAUGUUAGACGUUCUGGAGCAGUUCCUCAACUAUCACGGACACAUUUACCUUCGUCUAGACGGCAGCACCCGGGUGGAGCAGAGACAGGCUCUGAUGGAGCGCUUCAACGCAGAUCGUCGCAUCUUCUGCUUCAUUUUGUCGACUCGCAGUGGAGGUGUAGGAGUCAAUCUAACUGGUGCUGAUACCGUCGUGUUCUACGACAGCGACUGGAAUCCAACCAUGGACGCACAGGCUCAGGACCGCUGCCAUCGAAUCGGUCAGACCAGAGACGUCCACAUCUACAGGCUGAUCAGCGAGCGCACAGUGGAAGAAAACAUUUUAAAGAAAGCCAAUCAGAAGAGGAUGUUGGGAGACAUGGCCAUCGAAGGAGGAAACUUCACCACUGCCUUCUUCAAACAGCAAACCAUCCGAGAGCUGUUUGAUGUGAACGACGGCGAGAAAAGAGAGGUGGCGGUGGAGCUCUCCGUGCCACAGGCUGAGGAAGAGGAAGGUGUCAACAAACAGAGCACCACCAUCCUGGAGCAGGCUCUCUGUCGUGCCGAGGAUGAGGAGGAUAUCGUUGCAGCCUCUCAGGCCAAAGCAGAGCAGGUGGCAGAACUGGCAGAGUUCAAUGAAAACAUACCGUUGGAUGAUGGAGGAGAACAAGAGGAGGUGGAGGAGCUUUCCAAGGCUGAGCAGGAAAUAGCCGCUUUGGUGGAGCAGCUCACUCCCAUUGAGCGCUAUGCCAUGAAUUUCCUCGAAGCCUCAUUGGAAGAUGUGUGCAAAGAAGAGCUGAAGCAAGCUGAGGAACAAGUGGAGGCUGCCAGAAAAGGUUUGGACCAGGCAAAAGAGGAGGGUCUGAAGCUCCACGCCUCAUCUGAUGAAGAUGAAGAUGACUUCCUGUCACCACCAGCCUCUGUAGAGCCCGCACAGCCAACCCCAGCCCGCAGAGGCCGUAAACCCAAGGACAAAGACAAGAUUGUCACAUCUACAAGGACUAGUGGUCGGCUGCGUGGGGCCUCACCAGAAACUGAGCCAGAGCCUACGACCCCUAGAGAAGUGCCUGAAAGACUACGUGCUGGUCUGAGAGGACGAGCAGCUGCCAAAGACACUGCAACUGUGUCUACCACCCCGGCCCGCUCAGACCACCACAAAGCUUCAUCAUCAACCAGACUUCAAGAUUCCUCCAAAUCUUCUAAAGCUUCAUCUCCUGCCAGAGAUCACCAGACUCCCAAAACCAGGACUCUACCAAACCGCUCCCAUCCCAGUCCAGUGCCUUCCCCUCCUACAACAUCGCCCCCUGGAGGGAAACAACAGAGUGUUGGGGAGACUGAUGGUAAGAACUCUAAAGCAAGCAGAGAUGAGAAAGAUGGAGAGAGUGAGAGGAGGGUGUCUGAGUCUUCGCUUGACUCAAGCUGUCCUGUGGACCAUCAAACAAAAGAUGAUGACAGCAAAGACCACGGCGCCAUGUCUCCUCCCUCCACUAGCUCCAGAUCACCUCGCAAGCGUCAGUCAGCGGAUGGUGAAGUCCUUCGGGGUCUGAUUGAAGACUCCCCCUCUGCCAAAGUCCUGCGGAAGCUUCCGGGGAGGCUGGUCACAGUGGUGGAGGAGAAGGAGCCAAGAAAGAGGAGGCGGAGAGCAAGCGGAACUGGAGGGGGAACUUCUUCAGAGGAGACGACUGCGGAAGAAAACACUGCCGGAUCUGCUGAUGAACCAAACAAAGAAAAAGAAGACACCUCCCAGAGCCCUGAUGGCAAAACUAAAGGAACAGUUAAAUCUCCUCAGGACCACGACUCCACUCCCAGUCCUCCUGUGCACCCACAGCCUGUCAGAGCUUAUCCUCCAUAUUCUCCGCCCUACCUUUCUCCUGACAUGCCUGUGCUGAGGAAUCUUCCUGUACGGCGCCGGCUGGAAACAGAAUCUCGCAUGGCUGCUCAGCUAGGAGAGCAGAUGCAGCAUCUGGGUAGAGGAAGAGGAGGGAACCAGUCCAGAAAAACUGACAUACCACCAGGAAAAGACUCUUCUACUGACUCUAAUGUUAAUUCUCCUGGGACAGUUUUGAAAAGAAAAAGGGGCAGGCCCCCUAAGACUCCCCCUAGGUUAUCUGAGUCUGAUGAUCCGGUAACUCCUUCCUCAGUGCCCACUUCACCAAGUGAGGAAGGGAACCCCCCUCUCUCACCUAAACGCAAAAGAGGUCGUCCUCCCAGAGACUCAAAAUCCAUCCAAAAUGUUCAAGAAAGAAAGAACUCUACAAAUGAGCCCCCUGCUACUGGUGCAUCAGUUUUAUCAAACACCAAUGCUAACAAAGAGUCAACAGACCCAUCUCUGCCCAAGUCUGAGACCCCAAUAGCUGCUCCCGUCACUACAAGUCAAGCCCAGUCCACCAAAGCUGAUAAAACAGACACUAAGACUGAGGUUUCAGCCAUUACUCCCAGUCUCACUCAAGUUAAAACAGAUCAAGCUUCUACACCAGUCCCAGCUUCAGUCCCAGUACCAGCUCAACCUGCACCUGUAGCUGCUCCCAAAUCAGACUCAGCUCAAGUUGUUAAUCAAGUUUCUGCUGCCGUUUUUGGCCAAGACAAAGAAUCGACCCAGGUCCCUCCUGUAUCCAAAAUUUCCUCAUCUUCCACUACCCCAGUAAGUGCAACCCCAUCUACCACACUUCUGUUAGCACCUGCCAGAGCUGUCACAUCAACACUUUCAGAAGUAAAGCCACCAUCUGUGGAUUCCACUGCCUCUAAAACCCCCACUGAACUAACGCUAUCAGCUUCCUCAAAUGUCAAAGCACCUGAACCAUCCACAAGUAUCCCAGUAGGCACACCAGCUGCGACCACCACCACCACCUCUACUACUUCUACUCCUUCCCCUGUGACAUCUUCAACGGAGGCUGUAAAAGCAGCUCCAGCAUCAACCUCUGCCUCAACAGCCACAGACAUAACAACAAAAAUGGUCUGUGUUACACCAGUGACAUCAGUUCCUGCUAAAACUGCUGCUGCAAAGGACUUGCCAAAAGCUCCACCAUCUACAACAUCGACCCCUGUUUCAGUGACCUCCACCCCAACUGCAACCAAGACUGUUUCUGCUACAGCUUCACCAAAACCAACCUCAACUAUCCCCACUACAAGUGUGACAACAAUGAAAACAAGCAUAGCCAGUUCUUCAGACUCAACAAGUCCAAUAACGCUUCCCAGUACAAGUCCAACGCUUGUCAAGACUACUUCAGUGCCUCCUGUAACAACAGUGUCAACGUCUUCAGUUCCUUCUUCUACAGCCCAAGCUCAGACUAAUGUGGCAACCAUUAAAGUCCCUACCAAACCAGUUCCAGCACCACCAACAACAGUGAAAGUGACACAGGCACAGGCUACAACUGUUUCAGUGGCUGGAACUUCCCCAACAACUAUAUCCAUCUGCAAUUCAUCCCCAAAAACCACAUCUAGCAGUGUAACCACCACAGCCAAGGUAGAGACAGUAACUACACCAACCCCAACAAAGACAGUCCAGGUAUCAACCCAAGCAGCAGCAGCAGCUUCUUCUAAAGAAUCCACAACUUCAGCUGCAACUGCAGAAAAGACUGCCAAGAUCCCGCCACCAGAAACAGCAUCCAAAGGUACCACACCAACACCAUCAACAACAGUCGCCACAUCAUCAGCGUCCCAAGAGAAGUUGACUAAAGUCAUGCCAACACAUGUUGUCCCUACUACACAAGAAUCCACUCUAACCACACCUCUUUCUGCAGCAACAGCUGCACAACCCACAACUGCCAUCAACAAACCAGUUCCUCCUGUGUCCACCACAAACACCACUCCCCUGCAAAUACCAAGCCAAUCUUCCAAGAACCAAGAGAUCUCUACACCAGCCCAGAAAGAGACUCUAGCCAAGGCACAACCAUCCACCCCAAGUGUUGCAUCUAAAAAACAAUCAACGGAGUCAACACAGAAAAUAACAGAGUCCAAGGGUGCCCCAGACAAGGUCCCAGAAAUGAAAGUUGAUCCUGUGGAGGCUGAAGCAAAGACUCGCAAGGAAGAUGAUGAUAUAAAGCAGGACAUUUCUAAGUCUCAGUCUAAAAGGAGGAGGGUGGAUAGCUCCUCUGAGACCAAAGAUCCUGAGCCAGGAAAGGAGGAUGCAGACAAGAAAGAGGCACAGUCUACAACUGCCACUCAGAAAGAAGAACCCAAGCAAGAGACUGUGAAACAAACUACUGAAGAUCAGAAAACUCCAGUCCAGAAGAGGCCUCUUAGUAGGCAGAGCAGCCAGGAGUCCACUCGCUCGUCUUCGCCAUCAUCUGGGUGCUCUACAUCAACCCUCACUCGUCAUGCUCACCACAAAAAGACGUAUGAAAACAGACAUCCAAACAAGAAGAGACGAAUAGAUGUCACAUCGCCUAAUCAGGAGGAGAAAAAGGAUGAAGUUGUGGAGAAGAAAGAAGAAAGCAGCGAGAAGGAGGCAACUGCUACUGCGUCUCGGAGAAGACGGUCAAGAUCUUCCUCAUCGUCUUCGGAUUCUGACAGAGAGAGCAGGAAGGAGCACCGACUGACCCGCUCAGCUAAGCGCAGACUUCAAGAUCAGGAGGGUGAUAAGGGUAACAACAGACAGGGAAAGAAACCUGCGCACAGCUCUGAGAAAAAUGUCUCGAACAACACAAACGCGUCCACAGGCGGGGAGUCGGGCAGUGAUACAUCCUCAGUGAGGAUCACCAGGAAGUCUGCAAGUUCUCAGCCAUCGCAGGAGAGUAAAGCUCAGACCAACAGUGCACCGUUGUUGCCUCCUGAGCCUGAAGUUCUUGGGAAGAGGUGUUCAGCACUUAAUGCUGCAGCCAAGCUCCUCGCAAUGAAAGGCAGGGUGGAUACUCCAGGUCACACCCCACGGAAGGACUCAGGAUCUAAGGCUGCAGGGACUUCACCUGCUCCCUCCUCUGACAAGAACCAAAAGCCUAAAAGCAAAAGUGUACCAGCCUCUCCUCAGAGUAACUCCGUAAAUGUUACUAAUAACAAAAGCAGUGGCAGCAAACCCUCAACACCAAAUCAGACAAGCCGCCCUGCUUCCCGCUCCACCAGACAAUGCCCUGGUUCUUUGGUUCCACCGCUGGAACUGGAGCACAAAAGGUCUAAAGCAGAGGAGAAAGAGAGAGGAAGUAGGAAGGCAUCAGCGGGUAAGGAAGGUGAGGGAGAGGGGCAGUCUUCCUCCCGGGGCCACAGCGCCUGCAGUAGCAUGAGUAGUGACGGCGAGGGUGAUGGACGCAGCAGUAGGAGCCGCAGCAGCAGCAACAGCAGCCAGCGAACCCACAGCAUCAGCUCUCAGAACACGGAGCACAGAGACUCACGUGCUGCUUCCUCUGGCAGCGAACGCAGCUCUGAGCGGGCGAAGAGCAAAGACAAAAAAGACAAGAAUGGCCAGCAGAGGGAGAGCCGGCAGGACGGCAGGAGGUCACACAGGCUUUCUCAGGAGGUGACCAGCAGUUCAGGAACUGAGGGGACGCCAGACAGGGUGCUACGGAGCGUUGCUGCACUCGCAGCAGUUCAAGCUCGGUCACCGGCUGCAAGCACCCGCUCCUCUGCCAGUCAGCAUCGUCAUAACAAGACAUGAUCGAGUGCCAAAGGGAAAACUUGAAAGCAAGAGUGUAUGAUACGAAAGCACCUCCAAGGUUGCUGCUUUUUCUGCACUCUGACGAACGCAAGGGAACUGAGUGCUGCACAAGCCAGGGACCGACUCUGCCUCUUGGGCCCUCUCCCUUUCCGAUUGGAGCCGGAUCCCUCAUCGGCUCAGCCAUUGUUAGCUGGGGGAAGGCUCAGGGAUGCCGGACUGAGAGUAAAAUGGGCACCAUCGUGUGUCCGAGAGAUUACACAGUGGAUAAAACGGCCACUUGGACUUGAGGGGGACGAAGGUGCAAGAGAAAAUAAAGAGAAUUUGUUAGCUCACAUUCUGUACUGUAAAAUUAAAGACUGGAACACUCAGAUCUUACGUGUUAAGACGGGAUUAUACAGCACCCUCUUAUUAGGGUUAAAAUGAGAAGUCAUUGGUGUGACAUUAAAACUUUGGAGUGACCAGUUGUAUUGUAAGUUGGAGGUUUUAGAAAGUUUGGUUUUGAGAAUUUUGUCAGCUGUCCUGACUAUUGUUUCUUUGUAGUCAGUUGAUAAGUUAUGCAUAUUUUAUUAUUUCUUCCAGGGUAUUAGGAAGAGGACUGAUCUGUCAAUGUGAUCUUUGCUGCACUAUGCUGGAGCUUGUCUUUGCUUGGGCCCCUUUUUUCAUGUCUGUUUCUGUUCAGUGGAUUCAUUUUUAAAAUCCAGCCUUGCAUUUCUCAUUUGCACAUCUGAUAAUGUGGCCCUGGGCUUUUUGAGUACAUUGUGAUGUAGUUUUAAGUUUUACAUCAACAGCAGUGAAUUAAUUGGUUCCUGGUACCUCGCAGUGUAUCUCUACUCUUCAGAAACGUAUUAAUUGAGUUGGAAAAUAUCUACAAGACAUCUUAAGCUCCUCAAAAGAGACCUGGAGCAUGAAAAAUCUCAUUGCUUUUCCUAAUAAACCUACCAAAAGGCAGUUGUUGUUAUGGUCCAGUUUGUCUCGUAUUUAUACUAAAAGGGCAAGUCAGUGUUGAAAUUAAGAGUGCCUCAUUGGCCAAAUGGGUUUGAACCUCAGAUUGCCUUGUGAAGCACCUGGAGCACGGGUGUUAAGCUUCUCUCAAAAAAGCCAAACAUAAAAAAAAAAACACCAAC